GUUGAGUGGAUUCUUCAACAGGGACCUUUUUUUAACCACCGCCAAGAUGUCAUUAGAAUUUAAAGAUGCCUUUUGGGGAGUGGACUUCAUCAGCAAUGUUGGGUACGAGACCAUUAUUCAGAGACUUAAUGAUGGCCGACGGACAUGCAAAGAAAUGGAAGAGCUCUUGAAAAUGAGGGCAUCAGCAGAAGAGAAAUAUGGCAAGGACCUGGUCACUAUUGCGCGCAAGGCUGGAGGUUUAUAUGAGAUCAGCACUUUGAGGGCAUCUUUUGACGAAAUGAAAGCACAAAUUGAGAACAUAGGAAACUUGCACAUUCAGCUUUCCGGACUCCUGAAGGAGGAGGUAAAGCGAAUGGAGCAGUUCAGAGAUCGACAGAAAGAGCAGAGAAAAAAGUUUGAAGUCAUCAUGGAGAAAGUCCAGAAAACUAAAGUCUCCCUCUACAAGAAAACAAUAGAAUCUAAGAAAUCUUAUGAGCAGCGCUGCAGGGAGGCAGACGAGGCCGAGCAGACGGCUGAGAAGAUGGGCAACACUCCCACAGCCACUCCCAAACAGAUUGAGAAGAUGAACAACAAGUCUAAACAGUGCAGAGAAGCUGCAGAGGAGGCUGAGAAACAAUACAUAUCAAACACUGAACAACUUGACAAGAUCCGUCAAGAAUGGGAAUCAACACACAUCAGCACAUGUGAGAUGUUUCAGCAGCAGGAAGAAGACCGCAUCAACAUACUACGGAAUGCUUUGUGGGAGCACUGUAACCAGUUAUCAAUGCAGUGUGUGAAAGAUGAUGAGUGUUACGAGGAUGUGAGGAAAACACUGGAAAACUGUGACAUCAUCACAGACAACAACUGCUUUGUGGACAUGAAACGCACUGGCUCAACCCCCCCAGCUCCAAUUGAAUACCAAAAUUACUACAACAGGGAAGCUGCAACUGACAGAAAUGGCAGUGCUGGUUUCGUAGGCGUCAUGAAAAGGUUUUCAAAUCUUCUGCAGGGAAACGGUUCCACCGGGUCCAAAACGAGCAUCAUUGAGCCUGUUGCACAACCCACUGCAGAAACAUCAGAGGGGGUAUAUGCUUCCAUUCCUGGAUUUCAGGCGUCCCAGCCGAGCAGUGAGGAGUAUAAGGCCCUGUAUGACUAUGUGGCACAGGGGGACGAUGAGCUCUCUGUAUCCGCUGGGGACGUUGUGGUCGUCAAAGACCAAGGUGAUGACGGUUGGUGGUUGGUGCAAAGAAAUGGCCUUACGGGACUGGUCCCUGGUUCAUACCUUGCCAAAGAAUGAGUUCAUCUGACAGUCAUAUGUUGGACUUUAAGACUACUACAUUUCCUCAUGUAAUAUGUUGUAAAGGCAGACCUUAUAUAUUAUCUUUUUUCUGUAUGUUCAUAUUUGUGUUCAUCAUUAAAACUCCCAUGUGUAAGAUUUAAAAAUGUCAAAAUUUGGCACCACUUAUUGGUGGCAAUAUAAAAGACACUGUAGAGGAGAUUAGUGCAGAAUGAAAUUCUGACAGCAACAAACUUUUUUGUUUUUACAAACAAAAACCUUUUCAGUCAUAAUAAUUUAAAGUUUCUGUUACCAGAGAAAAUCAUAAUCAUAGGAGUUUAAAGACACAGUAGCUGUUGAACUGUUGGAUUAUUUAUUGCUAUGGCACAUAUUCAUAUUACUCUGCCCUCACUGCUGGUGUGUUGAAUGCUCCUCAUACCAAUGACAGCUGGGAGAUAUACUGAUCUGUUGCACAAGGUCACUGCACUAAGUUUAUUCAUAUAUUGUGAAUUAAAUUCUUUUAUAUUUGAA